CACCACAUUCACUUAGAAAACAAAAAACAUUCAUUCUCCCACACUCUCGAAUUCAUCAUCGACAUUUGGAAGCCGAAAUCGUCGAGCAUACGUCCGAACAAUGAGUAGCGACUCCGACGAGGUAAAAAUCUCGUUUUAAAAAAAAAAAAAAAUCUCGACCGAAUGUGAUUUUCGGUUGGUCCAUGGUCAAACCGAAGUCAACAUUCGGUGAAGGGCGCCGCGGAACGAACGGAGCUUACCUUCUUCUCCGGCGAGCACGGACGGCAGGCGAGAGGAGGGCUGACGGCGACGGCUGGGCGACGGCGAGUGCGUGGCGGCGUGGGACGGCAGGCCACUGGAGGAGGGCUGCGACGGCGACGGCGGACGAGGACUCACGGCGACGGGGGAAGGGCGAGGUGGGCCGGCGGGUGACUGACGGCGACGACCCGCCGUGGUCUCUCUGCGGCUGGGCGAUGGUCAAACCGGCGGCGGGUGACUGACGGGGAGGUCGGCGGCUGUUGGUGGACGGGGGAAGGGAAGUGGAGGAAGGGGAAGUAUGCGAAGUGGAGGAAGGGGAGUGUUUGGCUAGGGUUUGUGUUUUAAUUUUAAAAAGGGUAAUUAAGUAAUUUACGUAUU